AUUGUUGUAUUUUCAUCGGCUAAAUAUUUGGUUAAAGCGGUUUAACUUCAGCCAAUAAGAGAUCAUUCUCGUUUGUUUUGGGAAGAAAGUGAGAAUCCUCAGAUGUUAGUUAUGUGUUGUCCAGAAUGGGUGAUUCUAGCCCAAUAGUGUUUUCCAUGUUUACUACAACCAGCCAUCUUAAUGAUACCCAUGCUCUUCAGUGGUCAGUGGAUGAUAAUAUAUGUCUUCUGACGGACAAAGGUGCAAUUGUUUUUGCACCUGACUAUACGUUUUCUGACUCUUCAACAAGUCUCUAUCCCCAUAAACACUUCAUCCCAAACCCACCAGAAUCAGAUCCUCUAGCUAUUCAGUCAACCGCCAAACGUUUUAUCGACAAUCAAAGGCCAGAAUGUGACUGGUUUGACCAUAUUCAUUUGACCAAAGGUUUUGCUUCAAACUAUGCGAAAUACCAAUUGUCCGCAUGGUCUCCUAGAGUUGCUCAAUUUGGUUCACUGCUGGCUCUUUUAACAUAUGACAAUAGAUUGAGUAUAUAUUUUUCUGAAGCCAAUAAAUGGAAGUUGCUCGCUGACUGUACCAAGAUUCUAGACGCAGAGAUUGGGUCUCAUUAUAAAGGCGUACCUCUAGUGAAAGCAUUCGAGCAUCUGCAUAAAUUGUCUAUAAAUUGUAUGGCAUGGUCACCUGUAUUCAAGGAAGGGGAAGAUGAGGCACUCAUGCUUGUUUGUUGUACCAGCUCUGGUCAUUGUCACUUUAUGAAAUUCUCAUUUACUGGUAGAAAUGCUAGCAUUAAUUUGGUCAACUCAUGGAAAACUGGUCUUGACUCGAUAGUGUUUGUUGAAUGGUACAAGGAAUAUCUCGCCAUUUGCCCGCUAAACGGACAAUUGAUUGUCAUCAAAAUCCCUGUACAAGCUAUCAAACCUGAAUAUGAUGACUGGCUAAUGACUCCUAAAGUUGUGCCUUGGAGGGAAGUUGAUGAUAUGCCUGUUCUAAACAUAAUCUUUCAGGAAAUUGAGCACGGUCGAUACAAGAUCUUUUUUUCCAAAAAUUGUCAUGUUUUCAUAGCUACUAUGAAAGAAAUGAUAGUGGCUAGAAAAACGAUGUUACAACUUUGUGGAAUCACAGUUAUUGAGACCCUUGUAAAGACUCGUAUCACUGGAUUGUCAUUAUCUCCAGAUAAUGACUUGAUUUUCUCAUCACCAGAUCGGCUGUUGACAAAUCUACAUGUGAAAGAUGAUUCUACGGCCCUCGAUCAAACAACUCACCCUAUCAACUCAGAUGAAGUUGUAUCUAAUUUGACUCCAUUGGGCCUUCGAACCUCACGUAAUCGUGUCCUGACCUGUUUGGCUCAGACAAUGACAAAACUUCAUGACCACCUUCUGCUAGUAGAGCCAACAAGAAUCAUCAUAUUUCCUAAUUUAAGUUUUGACGCUGUUACUAGUAGAAUUGAGGCGCUGAUUGAAGACACUAAUUUAUAUACAAAGUACAAUUCUUUGCGCGAAAUAAUGGAUUUAUUGAAUGCUUUACGAGGUUAUUAUUCGAACAACUUGAACUGGACUCCAAAAAUUUUGGAAAAAUUGCUAGAUGGAAAGUGGAAUUGGAAUGCAUCAUCACUGAGGAGUAUCAACUUCAAAAUUUUGAGAUUUAUCUCGUUGGCUUGUGUUCAGCGAGCUCCAGCCAACCGUACUGUCACUGAUUUUGAAGAAGCAGUUAUGCAUUUGGAAGAAUUGAUUUUACUAGAACAUGUAAAGUUCAUUCAUGAAAAGUUUUGGGACCAGCGUCAUACUUUAACUCGCAAUCAAGUGCUGUCUUUGGUCACGAUGGCUUCUUGGGCUAGUAAAAACGAUUUGAGCAAAGCUACUUGGACUAAUCAUGAUUCCAGUCUGGAGACAGAAAAAUGUCCUAUUUGUCGAGAAGAUGUGUCCAUACAAAAUUUCAGAGAAGGCCUCUGUCCAAAAAAUCAUCGAUUUGGCAGAUGCAUCAAUUCUUUACUACUCUGUGAUCUCAUUUCUAUCAAAUAUGAGCUUUGUAAGCUAUGUGGACGAAGUUUAUACUCUGUGCCUAAUAUUUGGCAAAAUUACGUUGAAUGUUUAUUUUGUCAUUGAAAUAUUAAUAAAAUUCAUUAUUUACAACCUUAA